GCAACUUACCACUUUUGAUUGUAGGCACUGUCUUCGAUUCGUCCAUGAUGCGUUGAAGACAGUGGAGCUAGACUGGUAUUUUACUUCAAUUUACCUCUCUGUUUCGUACCGAUGCACACCGACUUGUGGAAAUCAAUCUGGAUCCGAGCAAAACUCUUGAGCAGUCUGUUUCCCCUAUCCCUGUGGAAACCCGCCAGGUCGAGCAAUACGACGAUUCUGCGGCUCUCCCUUUUCCCAAUUUUGCUUUUUUUAGACAUUGUGGAUGCCUACCACCUCUUCGUGGGAGCUUGCACCAUUUCACCAGACCCUAGCAUGGUCGAAUGUUGUUUUCAACCCUACCCUGCACAAGCUCCCCCAAAGAGCACUCCAGCAACCACUGCAAAGAAGGUAUGGAUCAACAACAAGUGCUUUCAACACACCAUUCCUAGUCGCAGCUAGUGGGAUAAGUCAUCAAGAUAGAGAGCUAUCCUAACUAAGGGAAUCUUGACGCCUGGCGAGACCUAUAUAACUGGCCCCUUGCCCAGAUUUAUUCGAUCCCUUACCUCCACAUUAUUCUAUAUCUCAAAUAUUG